UGGCGGUGGCGGCGGCGGCGCCCGCUGGGAAACGCAGAGCGCGGAGCCGCGGGGGCCGCGGGGGCCGCGGAGCUGCCCGGCCCGACCGAGCAGAAGAGGCUGCCCGGAUAAGUGGGGCCAGAGGGCCUGGGUCCAGCGCCCGGCAGAGCGAGGCGGUCAGCGGGGAGGGCCGAGGCCUGCGCUGCGGGACCGGCCGCCAUGUCCUCCACAGUGAACAACGGGGCGGGCAGCGUGCCGUCCCCGCCCGACGCUGCGAACGGCUUGCCGCAGCCCAGCGCCUCCUCGGGAGCUUGGCCGCGGGCUGAGGACGAGCUGCGCGCCGCGGAAACGGGGCUGGUAAAGCGCGCACACCGCGAGAUCCUGGACCACGAGCGCAAGCGGCGCGUGGAACUCAAGUGCAUGGAGCUGCAGGAGAUGAUGGAGGAGCAGGGGUACUCAGAGGAGGAGAUCCGGCAGAAGGUGGGGACAUUCCGGCAGAUGCUGAUGGAGAAGGAGGGAGUGCUCACCAGGGAGGACCGGCCUGGGGGCCACAUCAGCGUGGCGGAGACCCCGCGGCUGACCGAAGGCGCCGAACCGGGCCUCGAGUACGCGCCCUUCGACGAGGACGACGGCCCGGUGGACUGCGACUGCCCGGCCGCCUGCUACCGCGGGCACCGGGGGUACAGGACCAAGCACUGGUCCAGCAGCUCGGCAUCGCCCCCUCCCAAGAAGAAGAAGAAAAAGAAAGGCAGCCACCGCAGAAGCCGCAAAAAGAGGAGACUAGAGUCUGAGUGCAGCUGUGGGAGCUCAUCGCCCCUGCGAAAGAAGAAAAAGAGUAUGAAGAAGCACCGCCGAGACAGGUCUGAUUCUGGGUCCCGGAGGAAGAGACGGCACAGAUCAAGAAGCCCCAAGAGCAAAAGAAAAGAAAAGAACAAAGAGAGGAAAAGGCCUCACACGGAGUCCCCUGGCCGGAGGUCCCAUCGCCACAGCAGCGGCAGCUCCCACAGUCCCUCCCUCUCUUCCCACUACAGCGAUUCCAGAUCACCCAGCAGGCUGAGCCCCAGGCACCGAGACGACGGGCGGAAGACGGGCAGCCAGCGGUCCAGCGGGAGCCGGUCGCCUUCCCCGUCGGGUGGCAGCGAAUGGGGGUCGCCCCAGCAGAACGGCGGCAGCAGACAGCGGAGCGGAGCGCACGGGGGCCGCCCCGGCUCAGCGCACAGUCCGCCGGAUAAGCCCAGCUCGCCCUCGCCCAGGGCCCGCGACAAGGCAGCAGCCGCCGCACCCACGCCGCCUGCGCGGGGGAAGCAGAGCCCAAGCCCGCGCUCGGCGCCGUCGUCGCAGGGCCGCGGAGGCCGCGCGGCGGGCGGGGCGACCAGGCGGCGACGGCGGCGGCGGCGGCGGCGGCGCUCGCGGUCCUCCGCGUCCGCGCCCAGACGCAGGGGCCGCCGGCGCGCCCGGCCAGCGCCCCCCCGGGGCUCGUCGCGCUCGCUCAGCAGGGCCCACUCCAGCAGCGACUCGGGGAGCGGCGGUGGCGCCCCUGGCCCCGGGCCUGAGCCCGGCUCCGGCUCAGAGCGAGGCCAAGACAGCCACGGGAAACGGGCGAAGGAGCGGCCCCCGCGUGCGCGGCCUGCCAGCACCUCUACGUCCCCAGGAGCUCACUGCAGGCGCGGCGGCGCAGAGGGAAAGAGCUCUUCGCGCAGCCCAGGCCCCCACCCACGUUCGUGGAGCUCCAGCCGCUCGCCCUCCAAAUCCCGCUCUCGCUCCCCGGAGACGAGACCCCGCAGUGCCAGCCGCUCGUCGUCGCCCAAGAAAACCCUCGGCCGGGACAAGGACAGCGAGGGCCGCGCGAGGCACGCCGAGGCCGAGGCCGCCCGCUCACGGCGCCGCUCCCGCAGUUAUUCACCCAUACGCAAGCGGCGCCGGGACUCGCCCAGCUUCAUGGAGCCGCGGCGCAUCACCAGGUCCAGCCUGCUGAGUGGCCUGUGGCCAGCCUGGGGGCCAGGUGGACCCCUCUCCACAGGCUGCCGUGGAGAUGCCCAUUGCCCGAAAGCGUCCUAUCCCAUACUACCGGCCCAGUCCCUCCUCUUCCUCCAGCUGCCUGAGCAGCGACUACUCAAGCCGGAGUCACAGCCGCAGCCCCAGCCCUGGCCACAGCCACGGAAGCUACAGCAGUCGCAGUCAUGGGACCCGCAGCCGUACACGCAGCCCCUCCCGGACCCCCAGUCCCAGCUAUCAUAGCCGGAGCAGCUCUGAGAGUGGGGGCUUCUGAGCCCAUAUACCCAACUUGGUGCCCCCCUGGCACAGGGAGAGGCAAGGGGCAAGUCUUAGGACCACAAUGUGAAGGGGGGCUGCACCACACACCCCCAUGGCUACAAAGAGGCCCUGGGGCCAGCGCAUGGGCAGAUGGGACAAGGGAAGACUUUGAGGGUGGGUGCCCUGCAAACAAGGAGCUUCCAGAUUGUACUGCUUCUAAAGGGUAUCCACCCUCACCUCCUGCCUACCUACCAUGUCCAGGGAACAAAGAGCCGUUGCGAACACAGGAAACACCCUGUCCCCCUUCCUGCUUGAUGCCAGCUCUCCAAGCUAGGGACUGCUGCUGGCAGGUGGCAUGAGAGUCCAUAUCCUGCUAUCACUUCACCUCAGUUCAGUGUACCCAGGGACGCCUUAAAAGGUGCCAGACCUGGGAGCCUCCCCUUCCCAUUUCCAACUCUGCAGAACCCUCUACUCCCAUCACUGGGAGGAUGAGGAGAUGGUACAACAGGCAGGAUCUAAGCUAGACAGCAGGAAGAAUGCCCUAACCCUGGUGUACCAGCCAUGUUGGGGAGCUGCAUCCUUCUGAGCUGGCUGCAGGAGGACCUUGACUGAGGGUUGGUGCUGGUCCCGCACCCUCCCCAAGCCCUUCCUCUAGCCCAGGAGAACCCUGAUGGGUGGCCCCCAUGCCCUAGCCUGGGAAGCCAGGGAGCUCACUUUUGUUCCCACCUCUCCAGGCCAAGUUCUCCCCUCCAGUCCUCACCCAAUGCCCUGGGCCAAGGCCACAAGGCCAGGCCUUCUUCAUGACAAGAGGUGAGGGAUACAGUGUCAUUUGCAUCUGACAAAAGGGGUUCAUUCAAAGCUGGAUAGAUGGAGGUGGCAUCUGUGAGAAAGAGAAAAAAAGCAAUGCAGUCCAGUGACCAAGCAGGCCCAGGGGAGCAGGAAGAGAGGGGUACAGGUCAGUAGCACCCCAGCCCCAUCAGAGAGUGCAACCUGUACAGGGGUCUGGGACUUGGACCCAAUGGCGGCCCAGGGUCACAGACAUAGAGGCUUGCCUGAGGGUGCACCUCACCUCCUCCUGGGGUUUAGUGGAGCCAUAGUCAGCCCAGGCUCCCCAUGGAAGGGGUGGUAUAGCCCUUGGAAAGGAGGGGAGGGUCUAGGCUGGGGCAUUUAAGCAGAAGCAAUGCCUCCUUCCUCUCUUGCUGCUCCCAGCCCCCUCCUCCUGGGACCCUCAGGGAUCUCACAAAGUCUUCCUUGGCCCAGCUGGGCAGAUGCCCUGGGCUCUGGGGUGGGGGUGGGGGCUGGAGUCUGAUCCGGGUUCCUAUCUAUUCCGCAGUGCGGAUAGAAAUUGAACUCUAAUAAAACCCUCGGUGCCCGGAUAAUAGGUGGUAAGACCAGGACUCUGUGAAUGUGGUCACCUGGGGAGACUCAGGAGGGUGGGGGUCCUGGGGUUCUUCCUUCUAAGGAAUAGAAAGGGCUCAGACUCUUCCUUGAGACCCCAAAGAGAAGAGCUGGCACAGAGGAAUAGGGCCCAGGGUGUCCAUCCCCCACCAGAGCCUUCCAAUGGCCCAGUGGGGAAGAAAACGGACCCAAGGAGACCUUCCUCCUAGCCUAGUUUCAGGGGUGUCCCAGGAACAAGGUAGAGGGAGGAGGCCCAGGGUGGACACACAGAGGACCUCACUAUAUGGUACCCUGUUCCAGAGUGUCCAAGACACAGCUGCGAGCACAUGGGUAUGAAUCCUGGCACUUCGCAGCUGUCUUGACACACAGGACUAAAAUAGAGUGGAAAUGAAAUAUUGGCAAGGUGGCUGACACAGGUCUGGAUUCAAAAGAUGACCACUUAGAGAAAACACCAAGUGCCUGGCCCUGGCUAGGCUCUAAGAGAGGGUCUGCCUUACAAUACUGGAUUUCCUCUUUUUGUUUCUUAGAGACAGGAUCUCACUGUAUCACCCAAGCUGAUCUUGAACCUGCCUCAGCCUCCACAGUAGCUAGGAUGAUGGGCUCAAGCCCCUGUGCCCAGCUUCCCUUUGUAUUUCUUUCUUUUAUUAGAUCUAAGGAAAUACACAAAUUCUCCUUUUCCUUGCCUUCUUUCUUCUCUCCUCUUCCUCUUUCUUAUUCUUUUCCCUUUCUUAGAGUGGUGGAUUAUAACCUUGUAUCUCCUCUCUUGUUUUUUUUAAACAUGUCCUUUGAGAAUCUGAUGAAGGCCAAGAACCCUUUUACCAAAACAAUGUGCACAUGCCCAUGAUUUGGCAGGUAGCAUAGGCUCUUAUGUGCCCUCUAAAGCUGUUUGGGGCCCUUGGGGUUCCACCUGUGCUGAGAGUGCAGACAACAUGGCCCAGGUUUUCCUCUCUGUGAGAGCCGUGACCUGGGAGGUAUCCUCUGUCCAGUCCCCAGAGCCUGGGGCUGUGCCUGCACACAACCCCUUUCCAGUCUCUUUUCCCCAAAACUACAAGGGGCACCUGAAAUGGCUUCUGGCCAGUGACUCUAUUUCUGGAAGCUGUUUAAAGAAGCCCUGGUGAUCUGUUUAACCCUUUAGACAAGUUCAGCAAAACUGGGCCCCAGCAAGGGCUUGGAGCUACAGAAGGGCACAUUUGGCCUUGCUCUGGAGAUGCCAUCUCCUGGGUGGCACGAAACACACCCAAAGGCUGGCAUGAAGUUCAGCCUGUCACACACUGAGCCUGGCAUUGGCCUCAAAAGCUGCUGCCUAGCUGUGCUGUCCCCCACACCCCAGCACCUUCCCUCACUGCCCAGCCCAACAGGCUACCUCUUCUGCACCCACAGUGAGGCUGCCCCAAGACAGGACUUCCUUCCUCUCCCAGCUCAGCUCCUGGUCCCACAACCACCACACUGACCAGUGGCCUCCAUCUUGCCCUCUCCAGUCCCUCCUGCUAUUUCUAACUUGUAAACUUGACCAUUCACUCACUUAUCUCACAAGUACUUAGUGAGUAUCUACCAUGUGCCCAGCACAGCUCUGGGCUCAGAGGACACAGUAUUAAAUGAAUGAAACAAUUCCCUGCCUGUGGACCCUGUGUCCUGUGACCAUGACCACUCCCUCAUGGGCCUUGAAAGGCUGUCUGAGUGACUCCACCUGGAAUUUUGGAAUUUGCCAUCCCUGGCUCCUGCUGGCUCUCCAAGCUCAUCUCCCAUCACUGCACUUGACUCUAGCACAUGCCUGCCCAGCGGGACCCUGUUCACACCCUUGCCACCUCCACGGGCUCAGUUGGGCUCACUGGUUGAGGCCCAACCCAGCUACCUCCUGUUCCAUGGAGCCUUCCUGAUCCCCCGCUGGGCUGAACCCUUUCUCUGGGUUCCUCUGGGAGCCUGUGUUUUAGGGCUGCUCUUGUUCCAGUCAUUUCAUUGUUAGCAUGUCUCUCCCUAAAGCUCUGAGCUUCUGGAGGCCAGGCCAUGUCUACUUUACCUCCACAUCCCCCAAAUAAGCCCCUUUGAAAUGCUU